AUGGCCCCCUUCGCCGUCAUCAGGAGGACGCGUAAACACAUUACAAUUGACCGCCACGGCAAGUCCGACACCAUCGCAAUCAACCGGGUCAAGCCCGCGUACCUCCUGUUCCCGGAUCCUCCACCAACUUACACGGUGUCAGUGUCCCCUAGGAGCCUCACCAUCAUUACCCAGGAGAUGCUGCAACAACUUCAGCAAGCGGUGAGCGGGCAGCACCGUCCAGCUUGUCGGACAUUCCUGGCUGAGAACAUCGCCCCUGGAGAGUCAAAAGGCUACCGGUGUCCCGCUGAGGAGUGUGCAGGUGGCCAGGUGUACGGGACAGCCGUGUACGAUAAGGAUUCGGACAUUUGCCUGAGUGCCUUGCAUUCCGGGGUCGUCACCAGCCUGGCUGCCAACAUCACUAUCAAGCAUCUGUCAACACCCCAGCCAGUCCUCGGCACGGCACAGAAUAGAAUUGUGUCUCACAGUAAAAAAGGGUUGGUAUUGAGAUUGAAGGUGUUGAUCAAGAAGACAGGAACUCUCUCUAUCUCUCUCUUUUACCAC